AUUGUGCCUGCCGCUUUUAUUGCCUGUUGUUGUUGCAGUUGUUUAAAAGGGCUACUAUUGUUUUUAGUGAAUGAGAAUCAUCUAGAACAAUGUCAGUAAAAGAUUUCGUGAUUCCUUUGCACAAGGAUGAUCUUCUGAGAAAUCAUGCUGGCCAGUAUUCAGUAAACGAAGUCCUUCCUAUUCGGGCUGUAAAUCAAGCUCUAGAUGCUACAAAAAAUGAACUGCAAAAUAAGCGCACACUUUUUAUUCUGGAUUCAUUUGACACGUUUUUCUCCGUUCUUGUUCAUGGAACCAAACUAGAGAUACAAGUAUUUUUACGGGCUUUCGACAGAAUAACAAAAGCCGUUAGAAUGUUAGUCGAAGAUCUAGAAGAGGAUCUUCAAGGACACGAUACGCACAGCAUGAGAGUAGAGUUUUUGUGUGCAAAUAAAAUGUUAGCCUAUUUGUGGUCUUCAUUUAUAUGUCACAUAGAUAAUCAUUUUCAAAAAGAUUCAAACGACAUCGAAAAUAUAGGAAAGCGUAAGAAAAUCAUCAAAAGGUCUGAUGCCGCUGAAGAGUGGGAUAGCCAAAGGCAAUGUGCUCUAGAGUUAAUGUACAGAUGGCUGCAGAUUCCAUUGCAAAAACUUUGGAGUCCUCCAAUUAUUGAAGACUCGUUUCUUACUACUCUGACUGAAAUAUGUUACAAAAUUUUGGAGCAAACUAAAGACUCUAAACAAAAGGCUACAAGAGAUACAAUAUUUGAGGUUUUAGCCAUUCUGGUUAAAAAACACAAUCAAGGCAUCACCUGCGUUAUUCGAAUUGUUCAGUUAGUGAGAAUGUACGACAAUUUAGCGGCACCCUUGGCUGUUGGUGUUGUGCAAAUGGCACAAAAAUUUGGUUGCACUGGUAUGAUAAAAGAAAUAAUGCGAGAAGUUAGUCAAAGUGAACCGGAAGAAACGGAUGCUCGAAAUAUUUCAACUUUUCUCGAAACAAUCGCUUCAACAGCGCCAGAUUUAAUUUUACCAAUUCUGGAUAACAUUACUUGUUAUCUUGAUCAUGAGUCUUAUACGAUGAGAAAUUGUGUAAUUGGAGUCCUUUGCGUCGUUGUAUUAGGCGCCUUGACAGAUGAAAAUCUCAGUGAUGAACAAAAGGACAAACGUGAUGAAUGCCUUCACGAUUUGGAAGAACAUAUCCUUGAUUGCAAUGCCUACGUUCGGUCAAAAGUCCUUCAAGUAUGGCAACGUUUGUGUACAGAGCGAGCAAUACCUUUAUCCCGACAAGGACGACUGUUAGCUACUACUGUUCUAAGAUUAGAAGACAAAAGUGCUAAUGUACGAAAACAAGCACUCCAAUUAGUUCGGGCAUUACUUGAAGCCAAUCCCUUUGCUGGCAAGCUAAAUAAAGAAAAUAUUUCGAAACAACUUGUCGAAGCUAAAGCAAAAUUAAAGGAAGCUCAGACGACUUUUGCCAGCAAGAGUGCACGAGGUGAUGAAGAAAGAAUGGAACUUUUGAAAUCGAAGCUUCCUGAUAUUCAGGAUACAAUUAACCAAGUUCUAGAGGAUCAAGAGAAUAUGGAGGAGCCAGAUAAACACGUAAAUAUAAAUAACGUUUUUGAACAAGUACGACAACUAAUUUUGAGUGAAAAUAUACUUGAGGCUGUAAAGAGACUAACGGAAGUAAUGAAACUCCUUCCUAACUGUAAAGACUUUGAUAGCAUGACAACAGAAGACAAAGAGCAAUGUCUGCUUUUAUUCCUCGCUAAAAUAUUUACUGAAUCUGAAGAUUCCCCUGUUCCGGUGGAUGCUGAUAGAAACGAGUCACAAUUUAUUCAUAAAUCAACCGACAGAAACCUCAUGAAGCAGAAGGAAGAAGUUAAGAAUAAGAAAAGAAUAGUUUCUUAUUUUGAGAAUUCACUUCUUUUUGCUGAAGAGAUGGAAAAAGCAAUACCAGUUGUUGAAAAUUUGCUCUUUUCCCAAACUGUGGGUGAUGCAGUUGAAGCAUGUGCUUUGCUCGGAGUUGCUUACCAAUUUGAAAUAAAAGGGGCUGAUCAUGGAGUUCGUAAAGCUUUAUACCAAGUAUUUGUCCGCGAUCAAUCAGUUCGCGACAACGUGGCGAUUGUCUACAAAGAAAUAUAUCUUUGUGAGAAUGAGUCUGCUCAAUCUUUGCGGCAAACAGCUUUAAUGUCUGUAAAGAAGCUGAUUAAAUUACUCAAGAGUUUGGAACCUGGACAGAGUCCAGCACUUGCUCAAUUGAUCAUAGCUUGGCGAUCAAAAGAUGAACUUACUGCCGAAGCAUUACAAGUCUUGUGGGAGAAGUUCACGAUGAAAUUGCCAGAUACAACGCCUAAUGAAAGUCGAGCAGCAUUAAUGUUGAUAACAAUGGCAGCGCAAGCAGAAACGGGAAUUGUGUUUGGGAAUUUAGACAUUCUUAUUAAAGUAGGAUUAGGUCCAAGAUCUAAACUGGAUUUGCUUUUAGCCCGCGACACCUGCAGAGCACUUUUACAAAUAAAACAAGAGAGCUCCGAUAUUGAAAAAUCAUCUAUAAAGUACACCAAUGAUCACGAUAUAUUUCAAGAACUAUUGGUAUUAUUGAAAUCUAGUUUUGGUUCUGCAAACGAAAAUGGAUACAUCUCUUUCGCAACGGAUGCCAUAAAUGUUAUUUACCAUUUAGCUGAUCAACCAGAUCACCUGGCGAAAAUAGUGUUACUAGAAGCAUCUGAACUUUUUAAUGAACUCAAUGUUGAAGACAAGAAGUUAACUGGAGCGAUACUAUCAAGAUUUGUGUACUUGAUCGGGCACAUUGCUAUUCGACAAUUAGUACAUUUAGACACCGUUGUUUAUAAAGAGCUUAAAAGAAGAAACGCACUGCGUGAUAAGAAAAAAGGUACGCGGAGCAGAAAAACUUUCGGGAGGUCUAUCUUGAAUUCAACCGAUUCUACGCCAAGCUCUGCAAGUGUAACAAGACGUAAUAAAGAGUUGAGUACGAUAGAAGACAAUGGCGAGGAGGCUUUAGAAGGUGCUUCAGCAGAUGAUGCUGAUGCCGAUUUCAUUAACGCAGCUCUUGAAAACGAAAUUCUAUCAGAAAACGGGUUUCUCACUCAGUUUGUACCUCUUGUCGUCAACAUUUGUCAGAACCCAGAGAAGUACAAUGAAGAAAAAUUACAAACCUACAGCGCUCUUGCCCUUAGCAAGAUGAUGACAAUAAGUUCUUCUUUCUGUGAAAACAACCUCCAGCUUUUAGUUACAAUUCUGGAGCGAUCCCCUUUUGCUGGAAUUCGAGCUAACAUUCUUAUCGGAUUGGCGGACUUAGCAACGAGAUUUCCCAAUGAAGUGGAGCCCUGGACGAGUCACAUUUAUGGACGACUGAGAGACGACAGUGAUCAGGUUCGAAGCACAUGUGUUCGAAUGCUAUCCAAUCUUAUCAUGAGGGAAAUGAUCAGAGUCAAAGGAAGAGUUUCGGAACUAGCCCUCUGCAUUGUAGAUCCUAAUCCGGACAUUCGCCACAACACCAAACUUUUCUUCAAAGAUCUUUCUCAAAAAGGAAAUGCGCUUUAUAAUGUUAUGCCCGACAUCUUGUCUCGACUCUCUGAUCCAGAUUUGAAGUUGGAUGAAGAUGACUUCCAAGAGAUCCUGAAAUUUAUUUUAGGCUUGCUGCAGAAAGAAAGACAGAUCGAUACCAUCAUUGAAAAGAUUUGCGCUCGAUUCAAGUUGGCAACUACGGAACGUCAGUGGAGAGAUCUUUCAUAUUGCCUCUCGCUUUUACAGUUUAAUGCAAAGAGUAUUCGUCGCCUUAUCGAAGGACUACCUCUUUUGAAAGACAAGAUUCAUAACAAACAAGUGUUGAAGGCCCUCACCUCGAUAAUAGAAAAUACAAAGAAGAAACCAGACGCAAAAGCUGCUUGUUUGGAAUUGGAAGAAAAGAUCAACGAUUUAUUAAAGGCAGAAGAACAUGAAAAUGACGGACCUAUUUCUGAUAGCGAAGCUAUGCCUCCUCCACCGGUUCCACCUCUUAAUAGAACGAAGAAGACAAAGCAAAAAAGUAACGGUGAUCAUGACGAUUCCACGGAUAGUGAAGAUGAAGUAACUUCAAGAUCCAGCAGAAAAUGCAGAGGUAGGAAGCUAACAGCACGCAGAAACGAUGCAGAUUCCGAAUCAGACAGUGAAGAAGAAUUCGAAGGAAGAAGAACGCCUUCGAAAACUAGAAUAGCGAGGGCGACAAGCAAAUCUACGAAAACACCUGUCAAAUCUUUAAAGAUACCUAGUAGAUCAAAAAAAUCUUCUGAAAGUGAAAACAAACCAUCUGGACGACAUGGUAUGUCUCGGAAGAAAAGCGAUUCUGAAACGUCCUCUGCUACUCCAUCUCCUCGGCCAAAAAAGACAAAGCAGGAACUUAAUGAAUCGAGUGAACCUCCACGAAGAAGCUCGAAUCGGACACCUAAACCUGCGAAGAGAUAUUCGUAAUAAAAUUAUUCUAAUAAAGGAAUUCUUGCAAGGUGCGAUUUAGUUUUAUAAUAAGACGAAUGUUUUUAUUAGAAUUAUUUUAUAAGUUAAUUAAUUUCAUAAGAAAAACGCUUUCGAGUACUUUUGAGCAAAAUGGUGAAUAAAAAAGUAAAAUUUACAAUCUCUAAAAAUAUCGCGACAAUUUUUUUUUCCAAAUUUAAUUAACUCUCACCAUAGGCUCGGAAAGAAACAGGUCGUUUUCCUACGGUGAAACUAGAUUUUAAUCUUCCUUCUGUCGACAAUUAUCAUUCCUGUGACAAAAGAAGUCCCAAUAAGAAAUUAUUUUAUUAUAUUUAAAAAUAUGUUAAAUAAAUUUGAAGGGAUUAA